GGGCCAGUAAAACUUCUGAAAAACCUAAUUGUGUCCAUCUUCUCAAUUCCUCUCUCAGUCAAAAUCUCGCCGACGCCAUAGCAGGAGGAGGAAACAAAUGGCGACAGGAAGAACGGUGAAGGAUGUCUCGCCACACGAGUUCGUCAAGGCUUACGCCGCCCACCUUAAGCGCUCCGGCAAGAUUGAGUUGCCUCCAUGGACAGACAUCGUCAAGACUGGUGUUUUGAAAGAGCUUGCCCCAUAUGAUCCUGACUGGUACUACAUUAGAGCCGCUUCAAUGGCAAGAAAAAUAUACUUGAGAGGCGGUCUUGGAGUUGGUGCAUUCCGGAGAAUAUAUGGAGGAAGUAAGAGGAACGGAAGCCGCCCGCCUCAUUUCUGCAAAAGCAGUGGCGGUGUUGCUCGUCACAUUCUUCAACAACUCCAGACUAUGAACAUUGUCGACCUCGACACUAAAGGGGGGAGGAAAAUCACUUCUAGUGGACAGAGGGAUCUUGACCAAGUGGCUGGAAGGAUCACAGCCGCUCUCUAGAAGCACGUGACCAGACAGAACAAAUGGCUUGAACAGAUCACUUGUCACUCUAAUUUUUGGUUUGUUUUGGUCUUUAACGAUAUAUCUCUUCUGCUCCUCUUUUCUUGGUGCCCGAUAAAUGAAUACCAAUUUCGUAUGUUCUCUGAAUAAUUCAGGCAUUUUUGCCAAUUUUGAUACAAAAUUUAGUU